GAAUCGGGGGCGCUGCAGCCGCUUGGAAAGAGGCCCGAAAAGCCCAGGCAGCGGGGACCGGCAGUGCAAACGGAGUGGGUGUGUGCGCGCGCAACCUGCCACGGGCCGUGCAUUCUCGCUGCCGCGCGGUUUGCGGGCAGAUCUUGUUCUAUCCGCUUCCUCGGCAAACCCGAACCAAACUUCGUGGAUCUCGCUUGAUCUCCUCCACCCGGUUUAGGAAUUGCUUCCUGGCUGAAAAAGGUGUGUCCGUGAUGGCGAGUGUGCUGUCCAGGAGGCUGGGGAAGCGGUCCCUGUUGGGCGCCCGCAUUUCUGCACCCCCUUUGCUGGGGGAUGGGAUGCUUAUGACAACUCAAGUUCAUCCCCUGCAGCCGGAACACAACAGAGCAUCCUCACAUCAGAGCACUCUUUCAUAUGAGGAUGGCCACUUCAAGGAACAUGCUGAAGACUCUGGCAAUCAGAACCAAAAUUGGCCAGUGCUGCAACUUGGCCAGAAGGUGUAUGUCUUUUACAACGGGCAAGAGAGUGCUGGGCUGGUGGAAUACCAUGACCUGGUCAGUCACGAAGUAAAGGUGUUGCUCCCAGAAAAAGGGUUUUAUGUCACUAGAAAAACUGAGGAAGUGAGACUGGCUGAAGUUGAGAUGUCACCUCUUCCCAAACUGGAGAUGGACCAAGGAACCCCUACAACAAUGGAUUAUAAUCCGGUUCCUGUGGUGAUGAAGCAUUGCACAUCUGCAGCAGACAUUGCUGUGACAUCUAGUUUGAGAUCGGUUUCUAGGAAUAUUGAUGUACCAAAAAGGAAACCAGAUGCUGCAGUGGAGAUGGAUGAGAUGAUGGCAGCAAUGGUGUUAACCAGCUUAUCCUGUAGCCCUGUGGUGCAGAGUCCCCCUAACAAUGAAGCCAGCAUCUCAGCAUCCCAAGCAAUCUGUGAUGCCUGGAAAGAGAGCGGUGACAUGUCGGAUGGUGGGAGCAGUACUACAAGCGGGCACUGGAGUGGCAUUUCCACCCCUUCUCCCCCACACUCAGAGGCCAGCCCCAAGUACACAAACGAGGCCUUCAGUUCUCCUCGGGCUGAUGAUGGUUUUGAAACGGACUCGGAUCCCUUUCUUUUUGAAGAGCCUGCUCCGAGGAAAAGGAAGAACUCAGUGAAAGUGAUGUACAAAUGCUUGUGGCCCAGCUGUGGCAAAGUCCUUCGCUCCAUUGUUGGGAUUAAGAGACACGUGAAGACUCAGCAUCUGGGAGAUGGUGCCAACUCUGACCAGAGAAAACGGGAAGAGGAUUUCUACUACACUGAGAUGCAAGUGAAGGAGGAGGCACUUCUGGAAUCUUCAGUAGUUGUUCCCAAUCCCACUGCAGGUUCCUCUCCUAUUGUCAUCCAACAGGCUGCUUCUCAGCCAGGGGCUCUCAUUCUGGAUCGAGCAACCCCUCUGGAGCCUCAUCUACCCAGCAGUGCCCUCAGCCAGUCGGCCCCCAGUUCUUUCUGGCACAUCCAGGCUGACCAUGCAUACCAGGCUCUGCCAUCUAUUCAGAUUCCUGUAUCCCCGCACAUAUUCACCAGCAUUAGCUGGGCUGCUGCAACCUCAACCAUCCCCACCCUCUCAUCGGUUCGAAGCCGGUCUUUGAGUUUCAGUGAACAACCACCCCCACCUCCAGUGCUGAAAUCCCAGCUGAUUGUUGCAUCCCCCCCAAGAGCAUCCAGUGGCACUAGGAAAGUCCGUGGCGAAGCCAAGAAGUGCCGCAAAGUUUAUGGCAUCGAGCACCGAGACCAGUGGUGCACAGCCUGCCGGUGGAAAAAAGCAUGCCAGAGAUUUUUGGACUGA